CCAGGUCCCUGGCUCCAGCCUCCGGCUGCGGGAGCUCGCGCUGCACGGGGUGUCUCCGCUGCGCUGCAGCGCACAGGGUCCCAGCAGCGCACGGGGGCUGGCCCUCUCCGCGCUGCCUGACUGACCGCUGCUCGUUGCUUCUCUACUCCCCCCCCCCGCACCUCUGUCAUGAACAGGACGCAGCUGAAGCGCUCUGGGAUCCUCAGGAUGGCUCUGAGUAGCUCCUCCGACCCCCUGCUGCAGCAGGAGGAGGGUGGCAGCGGCAGCAGGGAGACCCCCUUCCUGUUGAAGGCUAUCCAGAUCGCCUUGGUAGUCUCUCUCUACUGGUUCAUCUCCAUCACCAUGGUCUUCCUCAACAAGUACCUCCUGGACAGCCCCUCGCUGCGCCUCGACACCCCGCUCUUUGUCACCUUCUAUCAGUGUGCUGUCACCGUCUUCUUCUGCAAGGCCCUCAGCCUGCUGGCCUCCUGCUGCCCACUGGACUACCUAGACUUCCCCUCCAUCCGCAUGGACCUCAAGGUGUCCCGCAGCAUCCUGCCCCUCUCAGUGGUCUUCAUCGGCAUGAUCACCUUCAACAACCUGUGCCUCAAAUACGUUGGUGUGGCCUUCUACAAUGUGGGGCGCUCGCUCACCACUGUUUUCAAUGUCCUGCUCUCCUACCUGCUCCUCAAGCAAACCACUUCUCUGUAUGCCCUGAUAGCCUGUGGGGUCAUUAUAGGUGGAUUCUGGCUGGGCAUAGACCAAGAAGGAGCAGAGGGCACUCUGUCAUGGGCCGGCAUAAUCUUUGGGAUCCUGGCAAGUCUCUGUGUCUCACUCAAUGCCAUCUACACCAAGAAAGUGCUGCCUGCCGUGGAUGGUAGCAUCUGGCGCCUGACCUUCUACAACAAUAUGAAUGCCUGUGUCCUAUUCUUGCCUCUUAUGCUGCUGCUCGGUGAGUUUCACACCCUCUACCAUUUCGACAAGCUGGGGAACCCUGGUUUCUGGGGCAUGAUGACCCUGGGAGGAGUGCUUGGCUUUGCAAUCGGUUAUGUGACGGGACUCCAGAUCAAGUUCACCAGCCCACUCACCCACAAUGUGUCUGGGACGGCCAAGGCCUGUGCCCAGACAGUGCUGGCUGUCUGCUACUAUGAGGAGACCAAAAGCUUCCUAUGGUGGACGAGCAACAUGAUGGUUCUAGGAGGCUCCUUUGCCUACACAUGGGUAAAAGGGCUGGAGAUGAAGAAGGCACAGGAGGAAUCCACUCCAAAAACAGGCGAGAAAAAUGAGACUGGCGUCUAGGCUAGCUCCUGUCUGCACUUCUGCUGCUGCGCCUAUGGAGUGGAACUUCAGUGGGAAAGAAGCCAGGAUCAGGAACCUUCAGGGCAGGAAAACAUUGAAUUAUGCAGUGCAUAGAAAGGGGUGUUGAGAGUGAAGCCAAAGGCGUCCCGUGUAUACAGUGUGUUUACUAAAAUUGUGAUGGAGGGGAGGAGAAUAUUACUUCCUUUGGAUUUCACCAUUUCUUGAAUAGGAGAGGGCAUUUGUUGAUGGAACGAGGGUGUAUUAGGGGGACCUUCUGUCAGUACUGGGGCUUUUUUAAACUGCUGCUACCAUUUAAACACUAUAUGGACACCCAACUGCUCCCCUGGUGAUGGAGAGGGAAAAGGGCAUCAGGUGUGUGUGUCUGGGGACAGAUAAUGGCUACUUCUAGAUUAGCCACAAAUUUAAGUGGGUAAGAUCUUGCACCUAAAUGUAGGGGAGGAACAGGGAGCCAGACUUUCCAGGCUACUCCUUCCUCCUAUUAUAAGUAAGGUUAAGAUUUUGUCAUUUAGUAAAAGUCACAGACAGGUUGUGGGCAGUAAACAUGAAUUUACGGAAAUCCAUGACCUGUCUGUGACUUUUACUAAAAAUAAUGGGAGGGCAGAGCAGGGGAUGACUGGGAGCUGUGUCCCUCCCACAGCAGCUGAGGCUGCGGGGAAGGGUGGGCACAGCAGCUGAUAGCUCUGGCCCCACCCCCUGGGCUGAGGCAGAAAAUGUCAUAGAGGUCUCUGGAAGUCACUGAAUCUGUGACCUCUGUUACAUAAUCUAGCCUUAAUUAUAAAUGAAAAUGGAUGUCCUUCCUGUUCCUACCCCAUUGCAAUGUACACUUGGAAAUCCCCUCUCCAACAGUUUUGGGGCCUCUAAAUUGCCUGUCCAAUAAGUCAGUAUUUCUUGGUGUGGAUCCUUCAAGGAUGUGUGUUAACUCUGUUUUACUCCCACACCCAAGGGUUUGCUUGUCCAAUAAAUGACUAAAAGGAUGGGACAGAAUUUUUAUCCCACUUCCAAAAGCUAGCAACAUUCCUUGUGUUGGGCAGGGAGAUGGUGAUGGCCCUUUGACAUAUUGCUGGUUCCAUCCUUUACUGGGUACCUGGGACUCUGCCUUGGUGAAAGAGUAGCUGGCUCGCUCUUUUUAUGGCUUUCUGAACCAUCUGCUGUUCUGGGGUGAGUACUCCAUAAUAAUGAAUUGGGGAAUUCAAGACAUUUCUCAUUAGUCUUCUGUAUUAGGGGUAGAGUUGCCUUUCUGGAAAUAAUGCUCUCGUAAUUAGGCCAGUUUCAGGGUGAAUUGCUCUCUGCCCCAGAUGGUUGCCUUACUUGGUGAUCCUCACUAGAAGGGGUGCCCACUGCGUGAAAAUUGAUGCUUGAGCAUGGAAAAUGCCAUAAUUCACCUGCAUCAAGAACUUACUGGGAAGUUGCAACUCUUUUACUAAGAAAUCCCAGAUCAGGGAUGAAUGCAGUUGGGCUGAAUUCAUAUCCAGGCUCCCACUUAAGAGUCUGAUUAGCACAGAAACCUCUGUGCCCUACUCUGUCUCAUUCAAGUGCCAUUGUGGCUAUAGAAGAGCUGCCUUCUUCUCGUCUUGAUUCACAGACAUCGAUUCUUCCUCCCUAGUAAAUAUCUAACCUCUGAGCUCCUUCACCUUCCAAGGAUUACUAAAGUGGGGUGUGGUGGGAGCUGGUGUGAUCUAUCCCACAGUGUACUAACAAGUCCCAAAGAGUACCAGGCCACUAUUAUGAAAGCAGUAGUACAUUUUUUCUCUCUCUUUCCUCUACUCCCACUCUUGCUGAGUGAACUGUUCCUGAUUCCAGGAGCUUACAUCUCACUGGAAUUCUGAAUCAGAUUUGCCUCAUUGAAGGCCACUUUUUUUGGUAGGAGGAUGGAUUUUUUUCCCAUGGUCUCUGUUAAUUUUUCUACUGGGAUAAAUUUUAGGUUGCAACCACCGACCUGUGAUUGUCAAACUUGUUUAAUAAAAGUAUGGAUUGGAA